CUUUUACUUCUCUCUCUCUCUCUCUUCGGGCCCGAGCGAGUCGGAAUGGCGUACAAGCCUCUGGACUCCGUCACCGGUUCCGACAUCGAGGCCCACGGGGUCCCGCCCCACGCCGCGGCGCGGCUGAGCGCGGAGCUCGCGCGGAUCGUCCGCGCCCACGGCGCCUCGUCGCCCGCCACGUGGCGGGCCGUCUCGACGGGCCUCCUCGAGCCCGACCUCCCCUUCUCGCUCCACCAGCUGAUGUACUACGGCUGCUACAAGGACUUCGGACCCGACCCGCCCGCCUGGCUACCCGACCCGAAGACUGCUCGGGAAACAAAUGUCGGACAGUUACUUGAAAGAAGGGGGAAAGAGUUUUUGGGUGGGAAAUACAAGGAUCCGAUUUCAAGCUUCUCUGAUUUUCAGGAAUUUUCUGUAUCAAGUCCUGAGGUUUAUUGGGCAACUGUACUUAAGGAACUAAGUGUAAAUUUUUCUGAGCCUCCCAAAUGUAUCUUACAUGAGAAUCCAUCUGACAAAAGCCAUCCAGGGGGUCAAUGGUUUCCUGGGGCACAUUUGAAUGCAGCAGCAAAUUGCCUGUCUGUGAAUGAUAAGAGGGCUUUGAAUGAUACAGCGAUUAUAUGGCGUGAUGAAGGACGUGAUGAUCUGCCUGUCAAUAGAAUGUCUGUAAAGGAGCUACGAGAAGACGUGUGGUUGGUUGCACAUGCCCUCCACAGACUCGGUUUGGAGAAAGGAUCUGCAAUUGCAAUUGACAUGCCAAUGAAUGUUCAUUCUGUGGUUAUUUACCUAGCUAUUGUUCUAGCAGGAUAUGUAGUUGUAUCAAUUGCUGACAGCUUUGCUCCACUUGAAAUAUCAACAAGACUUAAAAUAUCUGGAGCCAAGGCAAUUUUUACUCAGGAUGUAAUCAUUCGCGGAGAAAAAAGUAUACCUUUGUACAGUAGAGUUGUGGAUGCCCAAUCACCAAUGGCAAUAGUCAUUCCUACAAAAGGUUCAGCUUUGGAAUUGCGUGAUGGUGACAUUUCUUGGCUUGAUUUUCGAGGAAGAGUCAAGCAUCUCAAGGAGGAAUUUGCUGCUGUGGAGCAACCGGUGGAGGCUUUUACAAACAUCCUUUUUUCUUCUGGAACUACAGGGGAGCCAAAGGCGAUUCCAUGGACACAUGCAACUCCUCUUAAGGCUGCUGCAGAUGCUUGGUGCCACAUGGAUAUUCAUAAAGGUGAUGUUGUUGCCUGGCCCACUAACCUAGGGUGGAUGAUGGGUCCCUGGCUUGUUUAUGCUUCCCUUUUAAAUGGUGCUGCCAUGGCACUAUAUAAUGGAUCCCCACUUGGUCCUGGCUUUGCUAAGUUUGUCCAGGAUGCUAAAGUAACAAUGCUUGGUGUCAUUCCAAGUAUUGUGCGAACAUGGAAGAAUUCGAAGUCCACAUCUGGCUUUGAUUGGUCAGCUAUACGUUGCUUUAGCUCUAGUGGGGAAGCAUCUAAUGCAGACGAGUACCUAUGGUUGAUGGGGAGAGCUAAAUAUAAGCCUGUUAUUGAAUAUUGUGGCGGUACAGAGAUUGGGGGCGGAUUUGUUUCAGGCUCACUAUUGCAGGCACAGUCAUUGGCUGCUUUCAGUACACCAGUAAUGGGUUGUAGUUUGUUUAUCCUUGGGGAUGAUGGCCUUCCUAUGCCACAGGAUGCUCCAGGAAUGGGGGAAUUGGCACUUGGUCCAGUCAUGUUUGGAUCUUCAAUAACACUGCUUAAUGCAGACCACUACAAUGUCUACUUUAAAGGAAUGCCUCUUUGGAAAGGAAAAGUUUUGCGGAGGCAUGGUGAUGUAUUUGAGCGUACUUCUAAAGGAUACUAUCAUGCACAUGGUCGUGCAGAUGAUACUAUGAAUCUUGGAGGUAUCAAGGUGAGUUCCAUUGAGAUCGAACGAAUUUGCAAUGCUGCUGAUGAAAAUGUCCUUGAAACUGCUGCGAUUGGGGUGCCCCCUGCUGAAGGUGGACCCGAGCAAUUGAUAAUAGCUGCAGUGCUGAAGGAUUCAGAUAAACCAGAGCCUGAUAUGGAUAAACUAAGGAUGGCUUUCAAUUCCGCUGUGCAGAAGAGACUAAACCCUUUGUUCAGGGUUUCUCGCGUUGUGCCCGUCUCAUCUCUUCCAAGGACAGCUUCAAAUAAGGUCAUGAGAAGGGUUUUGCGACAGCAGUUGGCGCAACUUGACAAAAAGCCUAAGCUAUGAAGGAUGAAAACAGUCCGAGCUACAUCAUUCUAGGAAAGUUUUAUUCUUGUUGCUGAUUUGGAGAUUAUGUUGUUCAGCCAUUUGAUUAUCCUUUUGACAUCCUUGCGACGAGCAGCAGUUCAGAGGGAAUCCAUCUUUUGACCAUGUCGUGUUCGGGCAUCAAUCUUCACGAAACCAAGAUUUUACCCUCUGAAUUAUGUGGCAGAGAAGCUUGUAUCUACUGCGAUUGCAAGUAUUGUAAACUAGUGGAAGAAUAAAAAAUCCAUUGGUAAAAUGGAUAGAUGGGAUAGGAGAUGGGUGGACUUGUGACGAUUGUUAAGGCUCAACGCCAAUAAAUGUCGAGAAGUGAAUAAAAAUGAGGGAAGCAGAAGUACCCAAUAGUCCUGGAAUCACAUCACGUAAGAGUGGACUCUCUUCCCUUGGACCGAGAAGUCAUCACUCCUCCAACCUUUGUAAUUCGAGUUAAAUCUUGUUUUCAAGUUCUUCAAGUUCCCUUGGACUGUGCAACACCUUUUUCUGGUAUGUGUAGUACUACUAGUUCUUAGAAUGCUUGGUUAA